CAGGGCAACCACAGAGCGGGGCAUGGGCCAGGGUGACCACUAGGCUGAGCUGUGGCGAACCCUGGGCGGGGGCCGGGGCACGGGGCAGCAGUCGUUGUUCCAGCCGCCACCGUGACUGGGCUAGCCUCACCUCCCCCAGCGCCGGGCUCUCCUGGAUCAGACCAGGCGCCGGGCGGCGUGUCUGCGACCGAACGAAGGGCACAGGUGAGCCUAGGACGCCGAGCACGCUGCCCUACUCUGCCACGGUGGGGUGGAGGGCUCACCCAGGGUGUGGGACGGGCUUCUGCAGCUCCGAUCUCCUGGUGCCAGUUCCUAUGAGGUCUCUUUAAGACCAGCAAGCUGGCUUCAGGGAGCUAAGAGAGACUCUAGAGAGAUUUUCUAGAUUUCCUCAGGACUUAAGCCAUGCUGCCGCAGGCCCUGCUCCAAAAAGACCGCCCCGUGCCACAAAGGGAGCCGCCCGAAUUUUCUUGGCAUCCAUCUGGUGACCUCUGACGUGCAUCCUUGACAACACAAGUUGCUUGCUUACCUCCCGGAGAGGAUCCCUUUCCUUAGGAGGGCCAGACUGAGUGGGCGAGGACUGGCCAGGUCCAGACUAUGCCGUCCAAGUCAGCUUAUCUACGUCACACGGAGGCACCUGGGCAGCUGGAGGGCAGAAUGCUCAAGGGACAGCUUCCAAAUACAGCCAAGAACCUCACCCCAGCACCAGGCUCCCUACCAGCCACUGAGCCUCAGGAUUCAGAGACAAAUCCCAUGCCUCCUUUCAGCAUUCCAGCAAAACCAAGCAACCAGAACCCACAGCUACCUAUGAGACCCAAGUUGGAGCGAACCCUGUCCCUGGAUGAUAAGGGCUGGAGAAGAAGGCGUUUCCAAGGUAGUCAGGAGGAUCUGACAGUCCAGAAUGGGGCCAGUCCCUGCAGGGGCUCCAUGCAGGAUUCUGUCACCCAGUCUUCUGCCUGCAGUCGGCCCCUACCCUGCCUCAGCACAUCCUUGCAAGAGAUCCCUAAGACCCGAAAGGCCACAGGCAGUGAGGGAGGGAGCCCAUCGUUGUGGAGUGACUGUCUCCCUGGGAUGAUCAGCACCUCCUUGGACCUCUUGCACAGAGAGACAACCCCAGGUGGGGGCUCCCCCAAGUUGGCAAGUUUGCAUUCUUCACACACACCACCCGCCAUGGACCUCAACAUAGCCUCCAGCUCCCUGAGAACAGCAAACAAGGUUGACCCUGAGCAUGCUGACUACAAGCUCCGCAUGCAGACCAGGCUGGUCAGGGCCCACAGCAACCUGGGCCCUAGCAGGCCCCGGAGCCCCCUGGCUGGUGAUGAUCACUCCAUUCAUUCAGCCAGGUCCUCCUUCAGCCUUCUGGCCCCCAUCCGCACCAAGGACAUCAGAAGCAGGAGCUAUCUGGAAGGAAGUCUUAUGGCCAGCGGGGCCCUGCUAGGAGCAGACGAGCUGGCCAGGUACUUCCCAGACCGGAACAUGGCUCUCUUUGUGGCUACCUGGAACAUGCAGGGCCAGAAGGAGCUCCCAGUGAGCCUGGAUGAGUUUCUGCUCCCCACUGAGGCUGACUACACUCAGGACUUGUAUGUCAUUGGAGUUCAGGAGGGCUGCUCUGACAGGCGGGAGUGGGAGACACGCCUGCAGGAGACACUGGGCCCUCAGUAUGUGUUGCUGUCAUCAGCAGCGCAUGGGGUCCUCUAUAUGUCCCUGUUUAUUCGCAGGGACCUCAUCUGGUUCUGCUCAGAGGUCGAGUACUCCACAGUGACUACACGCAUCGUGUCUCAGAUCAAGACCAAGGGGGCCCUGGGCGUGAGCUUCACCUUUUUUGGCACUUCCUUCCUCUUCAUCACAUCUCACUUCACCUCUGGAGAUGGGAAGGUAGCCGAGAGGUUGCUGGACUACAGCAGAACCAUCCAAGCCCUAGCCCUGCCCCGGAAUGUGCCAGACACAAACCCCUACCGCUCUAGUGCAGGGGAUGUCACUACCCGGUUUGAUGAGGUGUUCUGGUUUGGGGACUUCAACUUCCGCCUGAGUGGUGGAAGAGUAGCUGUGGAGGCCUUCCUGAAGCGAGACCCAGUGGAUGUGCUGGCACUCCUGCAACAUGACCAGCUCACCCGGGAGAUGAAGAAAGGGUCCAUCUUCAGGGGCUUCGAGGAGGCAGAAAUCCACUUUCUUCCAUCCUACAAGUUUGACAUUGGAAAGGACACCUACGACAGUACCUCUAAGCAGAGGACACCUUCCUACACGGACCGAGUCUUAUACAAAAGCCGCCACAAGGGUGACAUCUGUCCCAUGAAGUAUUCCUCUUGCCCUGGGAUCAAGACUUCAGACCACCGUCCUGUGUACGGCCUGUUUCGGGUGAAAGUGAGGCCAGGGAGAGACAACAUCCCAUUAGCCGCUGGCAAGUUUGACCGAGAACUGUACUUGAUAGGAAUUAAAAGACGGAUUUCAAAAGAACUUCAGAAACAGCAAACAAUGAAGAAUCAGAGCUCCAGUGCUGUCUGCACUGUGUCUUGAAGUCAGACAAGUACUGGCCACUGCAGCUCGGGGACCAAGGACACUGGAAAGAGAUUGGGCUUGUUCUUUGGUGCCUCUUGCCAUGUUAGGGUCUAAUAAACUAUGGCUAGGGGCUCUCCUGCUCUCACUACAGACCCCACCCCUCAGGACAGCAGUGGGCUGUUACCGGGCUAUGCUUAUGUCAGAGCAGCCCUAUUAUUUAUGUCAUGUUCCCACAGGCACAUGACAGGGAUUUGUUCUGAGUAGGUCAUGUAGUCACCAAGCAACAGUUGCACACAGCAGUAGAUAGUGAGGUUUGCCCUAAGCUCCCACACCUUCCCUGCAGGAAGUCCCAGCUUCCUGGCCUUGAACACUGCAACUUCUUCAAAACUCCUUUGUUCCUGUUCUAAUAUCAGAGCCCAGGUUAUAGAUGUGUUCUAGCAGCCCCUUUCCUUCUGGGAGGGAUCAGGCAACCUCUGGUUGCUUAGACUUGCAAUGGCCCCAAAACUAGCCAAGACCUAGAAUUCCAAGGCCAAAGCCAGUCACUUCUGGAAUGUGCCCAGCUGGCAUUUUGGCAGGCUUUGGGGUUCUACAUACCGGCCCCAGGCUCCCAGGCCUCCAGUUAAGUAGGGACUUCUCUCCACAGUUGUAUCAACUCAUGGUUUUGGGAGCUUCAGACCAUUGCUGUUCUGCUGCUAACCCCAGAAUGGCAUUAGAAGUGUAUAAAGUAGCACCUUGCUAGGCUUCAUUCCUUGAAGGCGGCUUAGAACUCAUUAUUGCUUCUAAUCUUACCCCAUCCCUGAGAGUCAUAGCCUUGAAGGGCAUCCACUCUAGUCUUCUAAAUAAUUUAUUUUUCCAUAUUUAUAUUUUUAAAUAAAUGCAUAUAUUCAA